AUGACAGAGCUCAAUCUCAAGCCCUCGGCGGCGUCUCUCCCUCAGAGCAAGCCGAUACCAACGGAAUCUGUGCUGAAACCUUGGAUCUUCAAUUAUGCGCCCAGCCCCGACGGGAAUGACCUGAAUCUCCUCAUAUUCUUCCAUGGCUUAGGAGACACGAAGAAGUCCUUUAGCGACCUGGGCAAAAAAUUAAAUUUACCCGGUACUGCUGUGCUCGCGCUGCAAGCGCCUGAUCCCAUACCCCUUCUGGAGCAUCCCGCGUUCUCAUGGUACAAUACCUUCACCCAAUUCUUCGAACCCUUACCGAAUCCAAAUCCCACCACCGUCAUUCCUCCGCUUCGGAAGCUCAUAGAAAAUCUCAUAUCGCCAGAGAUAGGAUGGAGUCUCACUUCCAUCCACCUCUUUGGGUUCGCACAGGGCGGAACAACUGCUUUGGAGCUAGCUUUGGACCUAGCCAAGAGGUUUGGCUCAGUCACGUCCAUAUGCGCCCCUCUCCUCGCAUCCAUAUCGUCAAACCUUCACCUCCACACGCCUAUAUGCUAUUUCACGAGGCAAGAUCAACGCUCAGCCGUCGCUCAGAAGCAAAUAAAAAAUGUACAGAGGACAUUCGAUCACGUCGAUAUCAUUCAAGGGCAUGUAGGGCGUGCCGAGGAUAUGCCUCGAGGUCAGGACGAAUGGACAGGCAUCAUGAAGUUCUGGGGAGGGGUGUUGGUCAAGAGCGAAGGUUGGAAAGGCGGCGGAGAGGUGUUCGAGGUCAUGCGAUAG